AUGCUCCUCGCACUCGCCCGCGUCGUGACGACCACAGUGGUGCUGCGCCCCGGGAGCUACGACAAGCAGCGCAGCGGCGACGGGCCCACGUGGGACUUUCUCUCCCACCUGACGGGCAUGGUGGGCUCCGCAAUCCUUUCCGGAAGCGCGUCGUGCAAGGAGGCCAUGGGGCGUUUCCUUCCGGCUUCCAUCAAGGACGCGCUCGCGGUGAUUUUCCUGGCAGCCAAGCAGGACGCGGCGAAGGGGCAGUCGCCAGACGCCCCGGAGAACGCAGCGGGACAGCGGCGCCGCGAGGGUCUGGCUGGCGACGCCGCCAGGCAGCAGGACGCCGCCCGGCGCGCCGUCCGGGGCGUCGCGCGCCUCAAGGUCAACGGCGCAGAGUUCGACUCGCAGGCGCAGGCGCUGCAGUCCACGAGCGACAAGACGUACGACGGGGAGCCGGUUGCCCAGUGGCGCUCGAACCCGCUGAUUCCUCAGGUGCCCCCCGUGGAGUUGGAUAGCGUCGUGGCUGUGCCGUUGGAGGAGUCGCCCGGCGACGUCGCGGCCGCGGGCCCCGCCGAUGCCGCGGCGGCCGGGGCGCAGGAUCUGGAGGGCAACGAUGUGCAGGCGUGCAAGGAGUCCCGGUACGUGAGCGCGUUCAGGGAGGAGGACACCCCGGCCCCGGCCGCCUCGGCUGGGGCUCUGGAGGUGACGGCACUUAUCAAGCCGCUGGAGGAACUGGACGCGACCGCGCGCCGCUCCGUGGCCAAGGCCGCCAUGUCGAACCUCGAGCUGCCGCGCGGCACUGCGCCCCUGCUGUCGCUGUUCGAGUGGGAGGUGCGGGCGCAGGCGCGCCCGAGCCUGUGGCGCUGCGGCGACGCCGGCCACCUGGGCCCGAAACGAACGGGGACCCACCCGCAGUUACUCGCGCACGAAUGGAUCACGUGCCUGUGCAUGCGCGAGGAGAUGGAGUGCAUUCUGGACACCGACGAAGAGAAGCCGCACCGCGUGCGGGAGAACGACGACGACCCCGAGGUCAACCGGUUCGCGGCCGAUUGGGUGUCGCUGCGCAUGUUCGCCACGCUGCACUUCUUGACGGAGCGCCGCCAGUCCGCCUUCGCUUUCCUGAAAAACGGAGGCAUGAAGUGGGCCGAGAAAGUGCGGCACCUCACCCCGGAUGCCCUGGCUGCGGCCGCCCGCGUUCACGCGGGCGGCGGCGGCGUGGCGGCUCUGGCAAGCAACGCCGACGUACCCAACGUGGUACGGGACGCCCUGAACAUCAUGCAGAUGGCCGUCGCGGACGUCGUCGGCACCGACGGACAUCGGCGCCUCUGCCGCCACGAGGGGGUUGCCUACAUGGCGUUCUGUGGGUGCCCCUUGAUCUUCGCCACCCCGAACAUAGCGGACAAGAAGCAGCCGCUGUCCGUCAGGUUGGAGGGCCAGGAGAUCCCGCUCGACGACCGGGGCAUUCCAGGCCUGCGCAGCGACGUCACCCCAAAGUACCGAGACAUGCUGCGGCGCGUCGCCCAGGACCCGGUCGGCCAGACCGUAUGUUUCGAGCUCAUCAUGCGCCUCUUCUUCGCCCGCGUCCUCGGCGUCCGCCCCGAGUGCGUGGGCGGCCGCUGGCGCGGCGUUCCUCCCAGGAAACGCUGCUCCUGGGAUUUGUGCACCGACGGCGUGGCGCGCCUGGGCAAGUGGAUGAAAGCGUGCGUCGUGGCCGUGGAGAGCACUUGCCAGAGCUCCGUGGAGGUGUUGCCGCGGCGUUUCGGGCGCGCGGGCCAGCGCCUGGACCCGCUGCCGUUCUCUGUCAUCGAACGAGACCAGUCGCGCUUCGACGGGGGCAGCGAGCUGGGCGCGCUCCGCGAAGAGAAGCAGGCGGGCGCGGAGCUGGCUGAGGACCAGGAGACCUUCCUGGAGACCGAGGACCGGGGCUCCUGGCUCCGGCCCGAUCUGCCGUUGCGGGGCGCCACAGGCCGCGAGCUGGCGCCGGGGGAGAAGGCGCCGCCGCGGGCGUCUCCAUACGGCAUGCCCAUCGAUGCUUUUGCCGUGGGGGCAUGCCCCGCGUGCCGGCGGCGCGGCCUCGCGCGGCAAGACGCCGGCGCGGGCGAGCCAGCGGCCCGCGGGGUUGUCCCGACGGUCUGCUCGGACGCGCCCGUGGCUCAGUCGCGGCAGCCAGGAGUCGGCCUGGCGACGCUCGCCGCCGGCGAGGAGGCGCCGCCGUCGCCGCCCCCGCCAGGAACGGAAGAGAGUCCUGAGGUCUGGGAGCGCCUCUUCUCGAAGGACGUCCGGGAGCUCGCCGAAGAGACGAUGGCGCGCGUGCGCGGGGAGAGCUGCUGCAGGUACUCGGGCGACAAGACCGCGAAGAUCUGCCGCCGCGGCUUCCACUGCAUCGUCGCGCUCGCGGAUUGGCGCAGGCGCAGGCAAGGGGGGCCUCUGCGGAACGCCAUGUUUGCGGUGCGGUCCUCGGCGCGCGGCAUGCAGGGUCGUCUGUUGCACUUCCAACCCCGCCCGUCUGAGUGUAUUACCAACUGCGCCGGCGCCGCGGCGGGGCGCUUCAACCUGGGCGCGCAGGGCCUCCGACGAGUCAGCGACCCCAAAGCUUGGUUGGACGUGGGCGAGGUGUUCCCGCGCGUCGGCUCGCAACCCAAGCCGGGGCACAUGGGCGAAUGCGAGCUGGGCGGUGCCGACGCAUGCGUGAGCCGCCCGGAGGCCCCAGGGUGGCCGCUCUCGUGGACGGACGACUGUUCGCCGGAGGAGUGGCGGGACAUUUUGCGGCAGUGCCUGACGGAGGACGCGGAGAGCGAGGGCGCGGAGGACGCGGGCGCCGCGAUUGCCUCCGCAGACCAGCUGGAACUGGGCGCCCAGGCCGCGCUCAGCGACGGCCUGAACACGGGCUUCUACAUCAACUCCUACACGACGAACCAGCGCCCCAGCAUGGAGGGCGUCCUCGUGGAGAUGCGGCGCGGCCUGGAGCGGCUGCAGGCGCAGCGACAGGCGCAGCAGGACAAUAUGAAGCUGGAGCUGCCGCAGCGCGGAGAGAUGCUGUUCCCGAUCUUUCAUGGCCACCUCGCCUACGCGUCCCACUGCUGCUGGACGGUCUCCAUCAAGAAAGGCGUCUUCUCGGCGGCGGAGGCGUGGCGACGCGAGCGCGGGCGCUCUCUCCGACGCAAGACCGCGCAGGACGGGGGUCGCGCCCUGGUGCAGUGCCUCGGGCGCGGCGUCGACCCGUGCACGCUCGAGGGGCGGCGCGAGGAAAAGGAGAGCGGCGGGCAGGCGGUGCGCGUGAGUCCGGAAGGCCGGCGCUUCCCCGACACCCUGGCGGCCGACGAGCACGACGUCGCGACCAAGGUCCACGGCUUCAAGGAGUCCCCGAUCUACAAGGAGGUCGCCGAGGUGCUGCUGCAGAGCGCCAACGGCGGCGGCGGCUGCGUCGCAGGCGGCAUGGGCCACCAGGGAGCCGACCUCACUGCGACUGGAGGAUGCGACAGUCGCGAAAGCAGCUCGUACGGCAAUGGCCCCUGCCCCAUCAUGGCAGGCGCCAGCGGCGGCAAUCCAGGAGGUUUCACACCCGUCACACCCUUCGCUCAGCAGCUGCAGUCGCAACGACAGAUGGGGGGGCCUGGGCCUUUCACAGCGACGGCUUCAAUAUGCAAGCGCAUGUUCGACAGCGACUGCUUCGCAGGCAAGGGCAAGUUCGACAGCGAUGGCUUCGUCGGCAAGGGCAAGUUCGACAGCGACGGCUUCGUCGCCAGCAAGGGAAAAUUCGACAGCGACGGCUUCACCGGCAAGGGCAAGAUCGACAGCGACGGCUUCGCUGGCUUCACCGGCAAGGGCAAGAUCGACAGCGACGGCUUCGCCGGCAAGGGCAAGAUCAAUAUCGACAGCGACGGCCUCUUCGGCAAGGGCAGGAUCGACAGCGACGAUGUCACCAACAACUGCGGCUAUGGCCGCAUCCGCAUCAGCGACAAUUGCGGCAAUGGCGGAUAUGGCGACGGCAUCGGCGGCAAAGGCAUCGCUGGCCAGUCCUACGGCCAACCCGUGCAGUGCAGCAUCGGCCAACCCUCCUUUGUCCAAGUGAACUUCCAGCAGAAGGGCCAGGUCGUGGGCAUGGCAGCAGCUCCAGUGGCAGGGAACGAGGAGUUGAUCGUGCGCCCCGUGAUCGGGGUGGAGCCUCACAGGGCUCGCGCCGGGGUGUGCAUCGCGACUCAUUAUUCUGGGAUCGGGACUGCAGAGAUAGCGGCCAGCACCAUCGAGACAUUUCUGAGGGCUGAUGGAGAUGUGACGGGUCGAGGCGACCCGGCGUGCUGGAGGCUGGAGGUACUGCUGCCGUCGGCGUGCUGGAGGCACCGCUACCGUCUUGCAGCGAUGAAGGUGGAGGGUGGAGGUGGAGAGGAGACCGGGCGAGGCCAGAAGAAAUAUUCGAAGAAGUACAGCAAGCAGUGCCGCGGCUGCGGCUUGUGGUGGGAGGAGAGCCAGAUGGCCGUGGGCAUGCAGUUCGACUACGGCUGCAAGAAUCGCGUGGGCCCGGAGAAGGUGGCUUGGUUCAGGGGCAUCCGGGCCAACGACGUCAAGCUGCAGCAGGUGCUGAUCGAGUACAAGCAGCGCGUCGUCAGUAAUCCACCCAGGACGCCCCGCUCGACGACGCUCCAGUACCUCGAGGAGGUCGUCUUUUCGACCGCGGUCAUAGUGGAAACAAUCGGCGAGAUGAUGACGAAGAAGCAGUACUUUCAUUGGGCCGAGUCGGUGCCGGGCGGCAAGCUCACGGAUACUCAGGCCGAGCGGCAGUGGGCGGAGUGGGUGACGCAGAUCGAGGAAGCGGGGUCCACUUGGCCCCCACGGGACUCAAAGGGCCCAGCCGGGGAACGGAGAAUAUGGUGUAAGACGCAGGACAUCAUGAAUAUCCAGAACAAGCAAGAGCGCCGCAAGAUCAUGCAGGGAUCCGGCAAGGCGGUGAAGGAUGCGAGUGAGCAGCAGUGCAAAGAGAUGCAUAAGGCUCUCGCGCUCGACCACAGCAACGGGGCCGGCAUGGACAUCGGUACUGACCUCAUGGAAGAGGGCGCCAGCAUGCUCGCGGCAGGAGGUGCGGAUUGUUUUGCGUCCAAAGGCAUCGAGAUCCCAGACAUCGAUAGCUUGGAGACGGCGCACGCUAAGGAGGAAGAUGCAGACAUUUGUAAGGACGACGUCGAUGAACAAGAUGGCGCCGAUGAGCCGGUUGAGCCCUAUAUGAAAAAGCGCAAGUUCUUCGACUCCGACAGGCAGAUCAAUAAGGCCAAGCGGGCCUUCGAGGCAGCCCAGGAGUCUCGGGUGGCCAACCAGCUGUGGGUGGCCGAAAAGGGUAAGGAGGUGCUGAAGCUGAUUGCGGAAUCCGAGAAGCCAGUGCAGGAUAAGUUGGUGGUGGAGACGAAGACGUCGCAGAACCGCGUGACCUUCUUGAGUGUGGCGCUCCAGGGCUCCUCCAACGAUUUGCUGGCGCAGAAGCAGCAGUUCUCCAGCCCCGAGGUUCAGCCCGUGGCCGAGAUUCACAUCCUGGCGCAGACCUUCAACGAUUGCGAGAGUCAGGAAGACAUCAAGACCGUGAACGAGAAAAUCAAGCAGCUCCGGGAACCUAUCGUUGAUCUGGCGAGUGCCGUGAAGGUCGCUACCAGGGAGGCAACGACUGUGAGGGGCCAGAUCAUGAAGCCAAAGCCGAUCAAGGGCAAGGGGAAAGGAAAGACCGGGGACGGCAAGGGCAAGGGCAAGGCUGGGAAAGGCGUCGGGCAGCAGCUGGCGGACCCCCUCCCCAGGUCGGACGGCUCGCCGUGGAUGGAGUUCGGCUUCAACCACUGCGUGGAGAUCCCUCAGGCCACCAAAAUGACGACGGACCUGACGGACUACAGCGUCCCGCACAUCAUCUGCGGGCCCGGCCUCCGCAAGGCUUUUUCCGAUGCUGGCGUCAGGGGUAUCUUGGACUCUUUCGUGACCGAGUUCGCGUCGUCCGAUAUCCGGGCCAGGUGUGGGCGCGGCGCUCGGGGAUGCGGCGAAGGGGAUGCAGCUGAGUUGGCGGACAAGCUCAUGCGCGAGCUCAUCCCAGGGCGCAUGAGCGCGCGCGACUUCGACGAUCCCGUGAAGAGCGCAAUGCAGGUCCAAACCUUCUGCAUCACUGCGGGGGUUGGGAAGGUCAAGUUGUCAACGGAGAAUCAUUGCCUGGCGAGCGUGCGCUACCACGAUUCAGGGAAUAGGAAAGUUGUUCUCGCUUCUUAUGUUCAUGUAUGCGGUUUUUUGGCAUCUGACUGCAAUAUGCCCAUGUGCAUCUUGCCGCCGCCGCCUGGUAGGGCCUCAGCUUUGUUCAAGAGCUUCGACCGGUCUAAGUGCGAAGCCUUCUGUAAGAAACACACCGUGCACUUCGGGACGCUGUCGCCUGGCGUCGCCUUUUUCACGCCCGCUGGCAAGGUGAUCAUUGAGAGCACUACCGACGCCACAGACGUCAGUGGAUUUGUGCAACGGGGGCUCUUCAAGGGCGACCCUGCCGCCGCGCUUCUGUUUGGCAAGCUCCGCGAGGCCUUCGCUGCCGCGAAGGAUCCCAAGGGGGAGUCCGCAGCGGCGGCAUGCGAGGCAGCGGUCAGCCCCAGCGCCGCUUCAGGCGCUUGA